AUGAAGAGGAUAAGUUGCAUAACUUGUUGAAAUAUCCUGCUAAUUUCUUCAGGAGCAAGUGAAGACUGUUGCGAUUUGGGAGUCUUCGAAGAUAUUUUAGCCUGUAGUCUCUCCACAGACAACUACUCAAAUUAGGUGUUUAAUGGCUCAAAUAAAUUACUCCAAAACUAGGCAGGGUAUUUUAUUAAGAAAAUAUGCAGGAUUGGGUGAGAAAAUGAAGCAAAAAUAUGGAGAAGAUAAC